CUGCUCCACACACACACCCUCACACACACACAGAGCACAGAAGACGGAAGAAGCUGAAUCAGAAACGUCCCCCCUUUCACACACACACUCGCAUGUGUAUAUGGAUAUGUGGCAUUCCUAGACAUCCUCUCUAUCGCUACCUCUCUCUCUCUCCUUUACUUUACCUUUGGUUGUGCUCUCUCCCUCCCUCUUUCCCUCUUCCCUUCUCCUUCUCUAGUUUUCCUUCUGCUCUGCCUGUCACUGGCAGUUGUCUGAGAGAGUGUGUGUUGAAGAAAGCAGAAGAGAAGAGGUGCAGGACGGGUCAGGAUGCUGUGGACUCUGCAGAUGUAUGCAUCUACAGGUUUCCCUCAGGGCUGACUGAAGACAAGACAAAAACACUCAAGGCACCAGGAUCCUAACACACAGCUUGUCUAUUUUUUUGCAUCUCCUUUGGUUCUCAAUCAGUCCAUCAGUUGUUCAUCUUUGUCCUCCUUUUUGGUGCUUUUCCACGGGUGCUAUUUUGGAAGCCACCCAGAAGAGAAAAUGAGGUCCAGGUUGCCUCAAGCCGCUUUGCAGCCCUUUGUUCUAGGACUGUUGCUGUCACUGGUGGACACCAAAGGAACCUUCUAUGGAACAGGCCAUGGGAACCCGUUCUAUGGAGGAGGCCAUGGCAACAGAUACAACCUGUACAAGUCUGGAGUCAACUCACACUACACCCCGGGCAAACCCAUGGGCCGCCACAAAAACCACUGUGCGUAUGUGAUCCAGAAGAACAUCACGUGUACGAUGGAGGACGGCAUGGCCACCUAUGUGAAGGCAGAGUACACCACCAAGUGCAUCUGGGGGCAGAAGUGUCCUGUCGUCAUGUACCGGACCUUCUACAAGCCUAAGUAUAAGGUGGGCUAUAAGAGAAUUACUGAGCUGGAGUGGAGGUGUUGUCCUGGCUACUCUGGGGAGAACUGCUACGAUGGACCCACCUCUCUGCCCCCUUUCAAAGGAGGUGCCCCACACCGAGCAGGGAUCAAGGGGUACCCACAUGGGCACCCCCAACCUCCCCUGAACCACAAACCUGUCCCUGGUGGGGCUAAUCUGGAGCCAGGGAGCCCCUUCCCAAGUCAGCCUGAUAGCAGACCCAUCCCCACUGGACAACUGCCCACCGGGAAUGGCAAACCCAACUAUGGUAAUAAAGUUGGUGGAGACCGUCUAGAUCGUUUGGAGGAGGACCUGCUUCGUCUGACCCAGGAUCUGGACAUUCUGAACGGGGUGAUGGCCGGCCUAGAAGACCGCCUGCGCCUCUCUCUCCGGGAGGACACAAAAAAUAUGCUGGGCUCCCUGCUCUCCACCGUCCCCCGUCUUUCAGACUCCUCUGUUGGCUUUGGGGUGAUCCCAGACGGGAUCCCAGAUGGCCUGGAGGGGGGAGAGGGAUUCCCUGGGUUUGGAGACCUGGCUGGGAGGGUGACAGAGGUGAAGGAUGAGCUCAAAGCUAAAGGACAUGUGCUUGAGGAGAUACAGGGCAUGGUUCUGGGCCAUGAAGGGCAUCUGAAAAAGCUGUUGGAAGCUGCGACUGGCAGGCCCAUCACUGGGUCAGUCUCUCCCUCCAUCCUGGAGGAGCUGCUGGAUGCUAAACUAGCAGGUGUCCGCGCUGACAUCCUGGACGGCUUCGAGAGGCGUCUGUCUGGCCUGGAGAACCACUGUGAGGAGAGGAUAGGAGAGGUCCAGAGACAGUGCCAUAAUGAACACAUGAACGGCCAGGAGCACAUACAGCAGUCUCUGGAUGGCAGAGAAACUGGACUGAGAGAGGAGCUGGGUACUCUGCAGGCACAGAUACAGGGACUCACCCUCACUGAGAGCUGCUGUGGACAGCAGGUGAACAGCCUGUCGCAGAGGAUGUUGAUGCUGGAGGAGUCAGUGAAGGGGUUAACAGAGUCCCAGCGGGAGCUUCAGGCUGCUCUCACUGACCAGACCAUCCACAUUGAGACCCUGAUAGAGGCCCGUCUGGAAGACAUAGAUGCCAGGCUCAAUGUCACCGAGUCUGGGCACGUAGGGGUUGGCAAGGUGCCUGGGGGUCUGGACGGCUUCAAGACCUUGUUGAAGGACAAGCUGAAGUCCCUGGAGGAGAGGGUGUUUGUGGCUUUGGAGGAGCUGAGUAACGCCACCGCCCCAGCUCUGCUGGAGGGUCAGGUGAUGCCCGCCCUGGAGACAGAGAUUGAGUCGGUCAGGAGGAGGGUGGAAGGAGACCUGGACUGCAUCCAGAGGAAACUCACAGACCUGGAGCUCCUCUGCACCACCUCCUGCUCCCACGCCACUCCCCCUGGAGGAGGCGCACGGACAGGCCUAGUGGAGGAGUGUGAGGCGGUGGAGAAGAAGGUGUCAGGCCGUCUGGACUCCCAUGCUGACCAGCUCGACCGACUCAAUACCACCCUGCAGACCCUACUGAACCGCAUUGCCCAGGAGGACGAGGAAGGCUCUGUCCAGGGAGAGAUCACCCUCCUCAAGAUCAACGUCAACUCAGUCAACCGCACCCUGAAGGGCCUGAGGGACUCUGUUAGCCUGUUCACUAAGGAAGUGGGCCAUGCUAACGCCACGUGGACACACAGGGAGAAUCAGCUAGCCACCCAGGUCCAGGGUAUCACCCAGCUGGUGGGGCGCCAGGCCUACCUCCUGGGGGCCGGGGAGAACCGACUAGCCCAGCUGAAGGGGGAGCUGGUGAGCCUGAGGAGGAGACUGGCUGGGGAGCUGCAGGGCUGCCGGAGUACGGCCCUGGGGGUGCAGAGGGAGGUAAAGGAGGUGGAUAGUCGAGUGGCCCAGGUGGAGGGACAGUGUGGUAGCCUGGGGGAGCUGGCGGACAACCUGGAGAGGAUCAGGACAGAGCUGGAGAGACACUCAGACUCGCACCUGUCACAGGUCAAAGGAACGAUGGCCAGUCACUCUACACAGCUGGCCGAACUGAAGGGAGAAAUGAAAGACUGUGUCGGAAAGGGCUCAGCCAAUCAGAGGGGAGACCAGUAACACUUGAGCUACGGAGAACGACGUGUGUAUGUCCUCUCAUCUUCUGCUCUCCUUCAUCUGCUCAAAUGGGAAACUUGAGAACAGAUUUAUUUCACCUAUACUACAUUUUCAGAUCAGUGAAGGAGAGGAGAUGAGUAGAAUAGGCCAUUUGAAGCUAUUGAAAUGCACCCUUGGUUGUAUAGUUGGGCAAUAUUUUCCCUCAAGUUUUUCUUCUAAAGGGGCAUUUAGUUUUUUUCUUAUAGUUUUGUUUUCACAUUUUAUAUUGAUAUUAACUGACUUUUUAACUUAUAUGAAGAAAAGAUGACUGCAUUGUUAUACUGUAUUAGAAAUAUUUGUAAAAAAUGAAUAACAAAAACAAAGCAAAUGAUAUCCCACGUCAAUUCAAUGUCUAUUCCACAUUUGUUCAACGUAAUUUGAUUGAAAUGACGUGGAAACAACGUUGAUUCAACCAGUGCCCAGUGGGUUGGGACUAUGGGUUUCUACCCUGCAAGCACACUCUACUCUCUGUGUGGACUCUUCCUUUAAAAAUACUGUAUGUCAAUAUGAAAGGUGCUAUACAUUUUGUUAACAUUCAUUUUUUUGUAUUUCUCCAUAAAGGUUCCGAACAUCAUCAAAAUGACUGUAGCUUAUACAUUGAUAAAGUUUGAUCAUACAGUUACUGGUCCCUUCCACCGGUGUCAAACAGUUGGAUUCAGGAGGCAGGCCAGAUACUCCUUUCUCUGUCUCUGGACAGGCACAACCAAGGAUUUAGUUCCGGCUUUAUGCAACGUCACAUAAAGCAAGAAGUGUAAAACACCAACGGUAGCGUCUUAUCGUAUUAACAUAUUAUGUUCUGCCUUAAAACCACCAUCGCCUUGAUUUGGUUUUGUUAACAAACCAUAAGCUAGUAUCUAGCUCAAACAGAACGUACGACCACAGGUACUGAUAACCUUUCAUCUGUUGUGUGACUGUUAGCUAGCAAGCUACUUACUAGCACGUCGGAAAAAGCACACUAUGUUGUGACUGGAUGCAAUCGUGUAAAAUUAACCUUACGCUAUUUUCCGAAGAAUGAAGCCAUCAGAUAUCAGUGGCUGCUUUUAAUUUCGGGUGGACAGGCUGCAGCAAAAAUGAUGAUGAUAAUGGCACGCGCGUGCACAUUUAGAGUGAAGUUGCUUCACCAAUUGAGGAGAACAUUCGAUGAGUCUAGUCCUGAAAACGGAUGCUGUAUCAUCAUUGACAGUGGAUCUUUUGAUGUGUCUGACACGGUAGCCAACAUUUUUGGGGGAUCAUAGGGCUAACGUCAAAUAAUGCAACUGUGGCUGUUUUGACUUGUAAACAGUAUAUUUUCAUAACACAGCUGAGUCACUACAGUAUAUGGUUUUUAUCUUUCAUCCCUAAGCCCCCUACAUUUAGUCUUAGAACACACAGCUGGCCAGAAGGAAUGUUGUCCACAAAAGGAAUUUGAUAUUUAGCCAUUUCAUUGUGCGGUUGUUGUCUUACAGUUGAUGUAUCUUGUGUCAUUGGGUCUAGUCAUGAUGAUUUGAGGGGGAGAAUUAUAGUUAUUCAUUUCAAAUCUGCAUCAAUUUAGCAAUUCACACACACUAAAAUUAAAAAUACAAACAUUGAAAAGUUUCACAAAAACUGCACAACCAAAUAUUGCAUAUUUCAAAUAAAAAACACCAGAAAACACAUUGUAGAAUGAGUAGAUUGCUACAUUCACGAAUUGAUAGAAUCAUAAAAUACAAUUAAAUUCACUACCCAUUUAACAAACAUUUCCCUUUUGAAAAACAUUACAGGCUACGUAGACGGGCUCCUGGAUCUACUCUUCAAUGAGAUCACCUUUGAUCCAGCUCCAUAGGUGAGGAAGCCGUGCGAGCAGGACACCUAUCUGCCCAGUGUGAGCUGUUGUCUCCCGCUUCAACCUUUAGGGUGACUGAAGACAAGUGGGUGACUGAAGCCUGCUUGAUUAAAGUGGGGUACAUGGGUUCCUCUCCCCUCCCCAUCAAUCUCUGUAGUUGUAUUUCCUGAAUCAUAAGUAAUUAACUUUCACGUGAUAUCACAUGUUGUUAUAAAAUUGUUUUAAAAAGCAUUCGGACAGGAGAUGAGUGUUACAAAUUACACAAAUCAAUGGGUCCUGCACACUGUAGGGUGGCCGGGUGCCUAUAUCAGGCGUAUGGCUCUAAUUAUGUAUCUUAUGUCAAAUUAUGUCUCACCAUUAUUUCUCAUGCGUGUUCUUGUCGAUCUUUUUGCUAUGGUGGCCUAUCAUAAAUGUCUGAUCAUUAAUGUCUGAUCAUUGCAUACAAUCCUGACCAUAUUGUCAAAUCUAAUGCUAAUACAGAGUUACCAAUAAAUUGUCCAGUACACUUAU